ACUUGUCAAGGAGGCGAGCAGUUGGCUGGUGGACAUGCGUGCCGACUACCCAGCGAGCUGCUGUGCGCUGUACGUAAUUCACACUUCCUGAGUCGAACAGUGUCGCUGACUCGUACAUGGAGAGUGGUCGCGUUGGGAAGCUACUGAGCGCAUUGUACUACGAGAACUUUCCGGGACGUCCCCGUACUUCAUUCAGUAUAACAAAACUUUCGUUACGAACAGCUUCACGGAGGCAUAACAUCAUGCACAACAGUGACAGCCAGGCUUUGUCAGAAGUCGCGUGUGACGGACAAAUAAUUUCACCUCGCCGGUAGCGUGUGACAUCCUAAAUUCGAGAUCCAGUGCAGUGUGACGAAAAAAAAACAUUCAGCACGAGAAUGUUUAGUGCUGUAAUUGUUACUUGGUUGAGUUUGGCGCUUGUAGCCGCCGUCGCUGCCCUGUCUUACGCGUACCUCUGGUCUGUGAACAACUACUGGAAGAGACUCGGAGUGCCGGGCACGCGCCCCGAGCUGUUCUUCGGUGACACCCGUCGUGUUCUCUUCGCCACAGAGUCGUUCUGCGCUAUGCUGCAGACGCUGUACCACCAUCUGGACGGAAAGCCUUUUGGGGGAUUUUACAUGAUGAUGACGCCGUGUAUUAUCUUGAGAGAUGUCAGCCUCAUCAACCGAAUUCUCGUUACUGAUUUCUCGCAUUUCAGCGACAGACUAGGGAAUCCAUGGACGAAGACGGCCACUUUGGGACAGCAUAUGCUCAUCCUGACCGGCGUCUUGUGGGAGGAGAUGCGUCUGCGAACCAACCUGGUGUUCACCGUGGAGCACAUGAAGCGAGACUUCUUCCUGGUGAAGGAGUGUUGCACACGGCUGCAGGACUCGGUGAAAGCUCGCAUCAACGGGCAGCCCAGUCGCGACUUGGAGCUCAAGGACCUGCUGUCGUCGUUCACCACUGACGUCAUCGGAAUGUGUGCGUUUGGUAUCGAGUGUGGAGCUAUCGACGACCCAAAUUCGCAGUUUCGUCGUUUUGCCGAUAUGAUUUUCGAUAAAACCAGGAAGGGGUCAUUCCGCGGUAUGAUCUUACUCAUGCUGCCACAAGUAUCCAUGCUCCUCGGUAGCAACUACUUCUAUCGUCAUGUGAUGAAAUUCUUCAACAGAGUUUUCACCGAGACCAUCCACUACAGAAAGGGAAAAGGAAUUAUCAGAGAUGACUUGAUGCAUAUGCUGAUGGAAUUAAAAGAGAAGGGACUCAAGUCAGGAAAAAAUGGAGAAAGCAUAGAAAUCACCGACAGCUUCCUGGCAGCGCAGGUGCUGAUUGCGUUCGCACUUGCCUUCGACAUGAUGUCAUGGGCUAUGUGCUUCUGCUUGCACGAGCUAUCCCUCAAACCAGACCUGCAGACACGAGCCCGCAUGGAGAUUGACGCUGCCCUGCGGAGGCACUGCGGAGAGAUUAGCUACGAAGCUCUGCAAGAGAUGGCCUACCUGGACAUGGUGGUGGCAGAAUCGUUGCGGAUGUACCCGCCGAUGGGGCAGCUCCUGCGGCAGUGUACCAAGCCGUACCGCGUACCUGGCAGCGACGUGGUGCUCGAGGAGGGCACCCUGGUGUUCGUGCCGGUGCUGGCGCUCCACAGGGACCACCGCCUCUUCCCGGAGCCGCUGCGCUUCAACCCGGACCGCUUCGCCGGUGGCAAGCUCCAAGGGUCCCCACUGGCCACCACGUACCUGCCGUUCGGCGCAGGACCGCGCAACUGCCCCGGCGACGCGCUGGCGCUGGUGCAGAUGAAGGCCGGCCUGGCGGCGCUGCUGUCACGCUACGAGCUGCGCCAGUGUCCGCGUUCCUCGGGCAGCCCUGCCGCUCUGGAGCAGCACGGCUUCUUCUGCACGCCAGUUGGGGGGCUCUGGAUCCGCGUCUCGCCGAGGCCCUGGCUACCUGUCCUCUAGGAGGAACCAGCGUUCGUCAACACCUGCGACAUUUGUGGAGCAAACCAAUUCUUUCUCACGCGCACGGCAAGGCUGAGCAUCUAUGACAUACGUAAACCGAAGUUACGUGUUCCCUAAAGACAGAAACCUGACAGCCAAUGAAAGAGCGUCCCCUUGAGAAAGUUUCUUCCUCAACACAUCUGCUAGCGGACUGUGAACCAGUGCUGUGUUCAUCGCCUUCUAAUCUUUCUUAUAGAACCAGAAGUGCACCUAUAGGACAAGUGGCCCCUCUCCCGAACGUCAGUGAAUAGAAGACGCGUCUCUAAAUAAAUGACUUCUUUAGAGCGCCCUUAUCAAGGAUAACAACUAUGGCAUACGCAGGCCAAGGCUACGUUUUCCUAAAGCAAAAAAUUGAUAGCCAUUGGAGUAGCACUCCCUAGAGCAAGUCUCUUUCCAGCACAGCUGAUAGCGGGUUGUCGAUAAGCGCCAUGUCCAGACCCUUCUGAACUUUCCUCUAGAAUCAGAUGUGCACCUCCAGACCAAGUGGCUGCUGGAAGAGACACCUCUAGAGCAAUUGGCGUCUUUGGCAAGCCCUUGUUUACGCAGAGUUCGUGUGGCAUACGUAGACAGAGGAUACGUCUUACCUAAAGACAGAAAAGUGACAGUCAGUGGAACAUCAUCCUCUACCGCAAGUCUCUACCUCAGCACAGCUGAUAGCAGCGGUGUAUCAGCGCUUUAUUCACACUGAGGGUCUCUAUCCGACGUGUCAGCCAUUACAGCAAGGUAGUUACUCGUCUGGAAAACCCGAAAAAUAUGGAAUUCCCAGGGAAAUUGAAUUUACUGGAGUAGUAGAGGAAUCGCAGGGAAUUUUUAGAAACUCCAGUGGAGCUGAACUGCUGGUUGACGGACAUAAAUAUCAUUUUGUGACGAAUCAGUCUGAGAUUCUGCAUCGACAAAAACUGGUUGUGUAGUCGCUUAAGGAAAGGUGAAAAAGCGCUUUGAAUUAUAAUGUUUGUUGCUCGAUCGUGGCUACCUCCGGCGCGCUCGGUAACCUUCGUAAUCGUCCGUGGAUUCUCAGGCUCUAGCCACUUUUCCCGUGAUAUAAUGUAUCUUGAGUAAGUUAUUUUAUGAAAACUAUGAACAUCGAGGCACAUGUGAACAAGCAUGAUUUGUAGAUUAGUAUUGAAUAAACAGGUUUCAGUUUUUUGUGAUUUAGUUGUAAAUAUUAAUAAUUGUGGCAACAUUUCGAAGCGUGGACGCGUGAAGAGUUGCCAAAUACUAGAGGUUAUCACAGAAUGAUACGGCAUGGCACUGAAUGGUAAAGGACCACGGUAACGUAAGAAUAUAAAUCCGAAAUUGUUGAUAAAACUUCGUAACUGAAGUUGAAUAAUCACUGACAUAUAAGAUAGUAAAUCAAACAAUACAUCUGCCGCCAUUAAAAAUAGUAGAGUACAACUUGCUUCGAAAAGCACUAAAAAUAUUUGGUUCAGGGAAAUUCGAUAUUUCACUUUGAGAAAACCUGUAAAUCUCGGAGAAAUCUAGUAGCCAACCUCAGCAAUCCGGCGUUGCUGUCAUUGCAGCACAGAGGUAAAGUGGCGAGAUUCUUGAUCAAACACAGAACUAGGUGCUAACUGUAAGUCCAGUAACUGAGUAAGGGAAAGAUGAUAAAAAAGUGCGAGGAUGACAAGUAAGCAAACAAAUCAAUUAAACCACGUCCCUCUAACAUAAAGUUAUAAAUGUGGAUUGCAAAUGCCAGAAAUGACUCAUAUAAAUAAACUGGAAAGGUAUGCAGCCCUGUGAAAGACACCAUUUUAUAGUUUUGAUUUACACAGACCAGUCUCAUCGCUUUAUGUGCUGUCUUCAGUUGUUUUUUCGUUUAUUUUCUUUCUCACACGACGUUAUUAACUUGUACCGCAUGGCAGCUUUUUUUACGAAUCAUCGGUCUUAUGGCUGGUUUGACGUGGCUGGCCAUGAAUUCCUCUUCCGUGGCGACAUUUUCAUUUCAGAAUAGCACUUUAAACCUACGUCCUGAAUUAUUUACUGGCUGUAUUCCAAUCUGUCUUCCUCAACAGUUUUUAUCCUCUACAGCUGCCUCUAGUACCGUGGAAGUUACUCCGUGAUGUCUUAACAGAUCUCCUAUCACCGUGGCCCUUCUUCGUUUCAGUGUUUUUCAUUCAUUCCUUCCCUCGCCGAUCCUGUGGAGAACCUCCUCACUCCUUACUUUAUAAGUCUACUAAUUUUCAAUAUCUUUCUGUAGCACGAUAUCUCAAAUGCUUCGAUUCUCUUCUGUUCCGCUUUCUCCACAGUCCAUGUUUCUCUGCCAUACAGUGCUGUGCUCCAAACGCACAUCCUCAGAAAUUUCUUCAUCAAAUUAAGGUAUAUGUUUGAUACCAGGAGACUUCUUUUGGAUAAGAAUGCCCUAUUCGCCACUACUAGUUUGCUUUUUGUUCUCCUUACUCCGUCCGACACGGUUAUUUUGCUGACUGUCUAGGUAGGAGAAUUCCUUAACAUUAUCUGCUUUUGGAUCCCUAAUUACGAUGUUAAGUGUCUCCCUGUUCCUAUUUCUACUACUUCUCAUUACGUUUGAUUUUAUUCGAUUAACUCUCAAUCCAUAUUCUGCACUCACUAGGCUGAUCAUUCCAUUCAGUAGUUCCUGUAAUUCUUCUUCACUUUCACUGAGGACUGCAAUAUAAUCAGCGACUCAUAUCAUUGAUAUAUAUUCACCCCGAAUCUUAAUCCCAUCUUGGAAACUUCCUUCUAUUUUCGUCAUAGCUUUUUCGAUGUACAGACAAAACAGUAUCAGUGAAAGACUACAUCCCUGUCUUACAACCUUUUAAAUCCGAACACUUCGUCUUCCAGUCUUAUUAUUCCCUCGUGGUCCAUGUACAUAGUAUAUAUUACCCAUUUUUCCCUGUAGCUUACCGCUAUUUUUCUCAGAAUUUCGAACAUUUUGUUCCAUUUUACACUGUCUAACUUUUUUUCCAGGUCGAUAAAUCCCAUGAAGGUGCCUUGAUUUUUCUCCAGUCAUUAUCAGCCGCAACGUCAGUGCUUUUACAUUUCCCAAAGCCAAUCUGUUAUACAGAAAAAAAGGAAAUUGAGGAUCAGAUAACGAUCACUUUGAUCAACAUCUUACUGAGUCUCAAUUUUCUUUACCACUCUUCUCUAUAUUAUUCUUGUCAGCAACUUGAAUGCAUGACCUAUUAAGCUCAUUGUGAGUUAAUUCUCGCACUUGUCGGCUCUUGCUAUCUUCGGAAUUCUGUGGAUGAUGUUUUUUCCAAUCUCUGAUGGUACAUCGCCAGUCUCACACAGUCUACACACCAACGUGAAUAGUCGUUUUGUUGCCACUUUCCCCAAUGACUUUAGAAAUGAUGAUGGAAUAUUAUCUAUCCCUUCAGCCUUAUUUGAUCUUAAGUCGUCCAAAGCUCUUUUACGUUCCAAUUUUUGAACUUCAUUUUUUCGUCGAUCAACUGAAUUACUACAGUUACUCAGGGUAUCUUUCUAGUUACCUUCCUUGUACCUAUCUUUGCCUUUAGAAUUUCUGUGAUUGCUCUUUUUAAAGAUCAUUUAUCAAGUGAACUCCCUACUGAGCUAUUCAUUAUCGCAGUAUCUACAGCCUCAGAGAACUUCAAGCGUAUCUUUUCAUUUCUUGGUAUUUCAGUAUCCCAUUUCUUUGCACACUGAUUCUUCCUGACUGUGCUCUUAAACUUAAGCCUACUCUUCAUCAUCACCAAAUUGAAUCCCAGUCUAUAUUUGCUCCUGUAUAUGACUUAGAAUCCAAUAUCUGCUUUCGGAAUAUCUACCUGACCAUGAUGCAAUCUAACUGAAAUCAUCAAAUAUCUCUCUUCUUUUCCCAAGUAUACCUCAUCCUUUUGUGAUUCUUGAACAGAGUAUUCGCUAUUACUAACUGGUAUUUAAUGAAGAAUUCAAUUACUCUUUCUCCUCUCUCAUUCCUGCGACCAAGCCAAACUUCUUCCGUAACCCUUUCUUCUUCCUCUCCUACAACCGCAUUCCACUACCUCCAUGGCUGUUAGAUUGUCCUCUCCCUUUACGUUCUGUAUCACCUGUUCAGUAUCCUCAUACUCUUUCUCUGUCUUCUCAUCCUCUGGUAGUGACGUUAGCAUGUCUUCCUGAAGUACUGCUGUCGGUGUUGGUCUGCUGUCGAUUCCGGUGAGAACAACACUUUCACUGAACAGUUCGCAGUAACUUACUCUACGCCGUUCCAUGCUGCUCAUAACGAACCCUAUUCCCGUUAUACUAUUUUCUUCUGCUGUUGAUAUUACUCUACAUUCUGACCAGAAGCCCCUUUUUUCUUUCUGUUUCACUUCACCAACCCCAUUACGUCUCGAGUGAUUCGUAGCGUUUCGCUUUUCACAUUUUCUAGCUUCCCUAUCAUGGUCAAACUUCUGACACCCCACACCCAUUCAUUCUACAGCUUGACGUGGUUAACUGAUGUUGUGGUGUUGUUUCACAAGGUUUUAUCAUGUUAAAGUGGCUGUUUUCUUGCUGCUGCAUGCGCAUUUUUAUAUUUUUUUUAUUUACUUGUCAGUCAAGGACAAAGCUUCUGAGACCAAUUGCUGCUGCAUGCGCAUUUUUAUAUUUUUUUUUAUUUACUUGUCAGUCAAGGACAAAGAUUCUGAGACCAAAAGAUGAUGGCUACAUAAAAUGCUAGAACUUUGUAAUCCAUUCAUAAUACAUAAUGUAUAUUUGUUUUUGAUGUUAUACUUUAGAAUCUUUCUCAACAUUUUGUGUAUCAACUAGUGACAGCAGUAAGAGAACACUCAACGAUAUAGUUCACUUGAAUACGUCAAAGAUAUUUGUAAUAAGAAAAUAUAAAAGAUUUCUACAUAUCAGUUUGUCUCUUUAGGAAUCUGAUGUAUAUGACACAUAGCCUGCAACAAUAUAUGAGCAUCUGAAAAACGUUA